CUUGGCUCUCAUCUUCUUGUCGCUGUGGAUCGAAUCAGAGAAAGAGAAGGCCUUGUUAAAAACAAGCCAAUAUAUAUACAACAAACAUAUUGAAAACCCUAAAAAUAAAAACCUUUUAAUUGAAAAUAGUUAAACUUCUCAGGGAUAUUAUCGUCAUUAUUCCCUUUAAUAAAAAAGUAUCUUAGAAGUUCCCAAACAAAAAAAACCUCGCCGGGAAAUGGAGCAGGAACCAGAAUCGGACCGCCGCGAUUCAGCUGAUGCGAUGACUACUACAAGCUCCACCGCCGUAGAAGGCGGUGGAGGAGAAGCAAUGGCUGGAGGCUUAUCAGCGAUGCUGGAGUCAGUCAUCAAAGACUUUGACUCUAAAGCUCUCGAUACGCUCAAUAGCCAAGACAAACUCUCCGCUUCCCUCGAUCGCUUAAUCCAAGAGCUAGAUCAAUUGCUGGAGAACGCUCCGUUGCCGUUUAUAGUACAACACGCAUCGAGAAUCACAAGCGUCAAACAAAGAGUUUCGUCGCUUAAUCUUGUCCUUAAAUCUAUUCAAAGGCGUAUCGAUCACAUCGAUCACAUGCUCUCUGCCAACUCCUCCUCCACCACCCUAGACAAAACAUCCUCGGAAACUUCAUUAUGAGUUUAUGACCAAAACACACACACUACUCUUGUCUUUCUCUGCUUUUAGUGCUUACUGCUUCGGGUUUGGUAGCAGAGAGAAUCAAAGAGGUGAUGAGUUUUUUUUUUUUUUUUUUUUUUUAAGUUAUGUACAACAAGUUUGCAGUUUGCUCAUCGUUUUGGUGUUAUUGGGCUUCUCUAGUGGGCUUUUUUUUGUAAUUUCGAAUACCCCCAAUUUUCCAUUUUUAUUUGU